CGGUAAUUGGUCGCCUGAUCGAAUAAAUUUAUUCUCUUCCACUGUUCUCCUAAUUUUUUCGAAAAUUUUCAUCGACAUUCCAGCGAACCGGUUCCGGCGACAAGCACGAAGGAUCACGAGGACUAGAAGCGAAAUAAACACGAACGAUACGUUUCGUUCGGUAUUGGCCGGAACGAAACAUGAUAAUCUCGGACAAUCAUAUGACUCCACCGCACGUGACUUUAUUUACAGUUGACUGAUACUCGCGAACAUGUAUGGUGCAGUUCCUUGUGACAUGAUAGACCGAAAACGAAACAAAGUUAGCGAGCAAUGCGGUAACUGUAAGUGGUCGUUGGUUUAUGAUGCCUUUUCUCGAUAAGCUGUUCCCUUCGCGGAGGAGCUGCAAAAACAACGUCCAAACGUUCGUGGCGUCGAAUGUCGGAACGCAAGAAGAUGAUAGGAAUUCUGCGUUAUGUCUCGGCACCGAAGAAGUUCGGAUCCUGUUGUUUCGGGAAUGCGAAUCGCGCGGGAGGAAACUCUUGUUUGAUUCCUUAUCAUUGGAAAAGCAGUGGCGAAAAUCUAAAUCGGCGGCGUACGAUCUCAAAAAUAAUGCCAAUCCGCCGACCGCUGAUCCAAUUAACUUCCGAGAAAAAACGGCCGAGGAUGAUGUGACUUUAUUAAGCGAAAUGGUAUUCGGAACUGUGGCUAUGAAAUACAGAGGAUCCUCCUUCAAGAUCCAUUCAAUGAAUUCGCCACCCUGUAUCAUGUGCACUAAAGUAUUCCCUGCUACAGACCACAACACGUACAAACCAAGUGAGAAAGUGUCGGACGAAGGGUUGGGUCGUUCCAUGAACUUGGAUUCUAAUUCUAGCAUACGAACAUUCUUCUCUCAGCCAAGUUCCGCGAACUUAUCGGGACCAGACUUGAAUGCAGGUCCAAGGAAGAACUCCACUUGCUCUAGCACAGGCAGUGGAUGGGACAUAGACAUACCACCGCCGAUGGGCAGUUCCCAGUCAUUGGAGAGCAGUGGUUCCUCAGGUAUUGGUAGUCUCUCGAGUUUGCGUCGUCGAUGGCUACGGGCAGUUUCUACUUCUCUUGCACGGUCAGAUUCUGAUGACGUUUUCGGAAUGCAGUGGAAUGACAAUGGGUCAGAAAAUAGAGACAAUCACGGCAAGCGCCAUAAAACAAGACUGGGCUUAACAAUGCUAGUGCGACUAGCUGAGGGCCAUGAAAGUAGAGUGGAAGCUUCUCUUCUAGAACACAUGGCUCUCUUGGAAGGAAUGUUGGACCGCCUGCGAUACUUCUGCAUAGAAUCUAGCAACCUAAUCGCUCAUAACAAGGGGGCUCAGCUUCCGGAACGGCUUUACAAAUCUUCCUUCAAAUUUGUUAUCUCAUUAUUACGUUUACUUACCAAUGUUAACACGAGACUGCAUACGCGCUCGCCUUUAUUGUGGCAUGACGUACUACUUAAUUCAGUGAAGAUGGAGCACAAGAUGGAUACCUUAAAUUACAGUUUGCAACGAAUGUGCCAGCUGCUCGAACAGAUUGACACUAAGUCAACCAACUUUUUUUUGAGUACCGUUGUAACUGCUGUCUUAACAUAUCACCUGGGGUGGAUAUACACUGCACUGCCUAUUCAUGAUCGACAAUUGAUGGAGAAAAUGGGUACUUGGUACCCCUGCAAUCCUUUGUGGGCUCAGCUAGGAGACUUGUACGGAGCUUUGGGCAGUCCCAUAAGGGUAGCACACACUGUUGUUGCAGGGGACCCUCAAAAAGUCGAGUUAAUUAACUCUGUAUUGUCGUUCUUAUCAUACUUUAUCCGCAGUGGAAUCAUACAGAAGCGUCAAGAAUACUUUUGCACAACCGAAGACGACAUCCAAGAAGCUGCGAAUCUUUUGGAACAAGCGAGACUAAAGCGUCCGCAUUUAUUUAACACUAAAGCACCGUGUUCUGAUAGAGGCAUUUCUAGACGCGCAGCGCAAGCUCGCAAACAAAUUCCUGUGCAUGAAAGUUCAUGCGAUGCAGAGAGCAGCAACGCUUCAACACAACGCCCGUAUCCACGGUGCACCAUAGACAGACUAAGAGCAGAAAGCUCUAUUAGUUGCCUAAAGCGCAGCACCACUAUGGGGUCGAAUCUUGACUCGUUUAUGUUAAAACCAGUCGAGCUGGAGCGAGAAAUGAAAUGUCUUCCGAAAGAAUUUUCUCGCAACGAACUAGGAAAUGAAGAUGAAAACAGCGCUGUCGACAAGAAGACCUGCGCAUCCAGUAAAGUUAAAAUUAUAGUAAGUGAUAGCGCAUCGCAGGAUAUUGAUGUGACCAAGACUGAUGCUCAACAUUGCCCUGAAUUUUCGUUAUGGAACUUCGAGAAGAAAUUAGAAAGUGAUAAUGCAGAGGAAUCAUUCACAAAUUUAAAAUCUAGCACGUUUCAAGGAUUCAACGAUACGUCGUUCGAUACUUUAAAAUUAUAUUCUAAUAGGCCAGACUUCGAAUCGGGCCAAACCAUGGCCGAGGAAAUGAAAAAUUCUCAAGUCUUCUUCAUGUUAGGCGAUGAAGAGAAGUCUGUGAAGACGUUGUCACGCACACGUCUUAACCACAGUUGCCAGUGCUCGUACAUGUUUACCAGAGUGCCAAGCACGUCUGCACAGUUGCCAGAAGGUGUAUUGAGGAAGAUUAUACAAAGAAAUUUUCCAGAGUCCUCUAAGAGUAUACAAACGCCACCCGGUGCACCUUCCAGUAUGACUGCAACAUUUUGCAAAAUAUGUAAUGGCCAGGGUUAUGUGUCCUCUCAGAAUUUUGACAGUGGUAAACAGGUCUUGGAAACGCCCACUAAUGCCACUGAGGUUUUGCGUACUUGUGGUGGUAGUGGAGGCGACGGAAAUGUAGGAUUGUCAAGAUCAAAUAGUCUGGAAGCUUUAAUGGAAGCCAGCAGUGUCGUGGAAUUGCCAAUGCCACGGACAAAGAAGAUGAAAAAGACUGAUUUGCGGCAGGAUAGAGGAUUCACAAACACGCUUAUGCAGAAUAGGAUAAAGAGCGAAGUGUCCCAUGGGACAAGCAACGCUCAGACAGGGUACACAUGGGGCUUAGUUUUACAAGGUUUGCCCAAGAAGAAGAGAAGGAAAAAGAAAGUUUCGAAACAAAGAGAAAUCAAUGGCCAGGUUGAAACAGAGAAAGAAUGGUGGUACUACAUACGAGAAGAGUGCCUAGCUGGUGUUCGUUUCCCGACCAUCGACCAACCAAUUACUGAAUCACUCUGUAUUUUAGCUGAUUUAGAUACUUGGCAUGUUGGAAUCAUAUCCAACAACACGCCGUCGCAUUCAACACCGUUGCCAGUGGGAAUGUCGCGACUUGUGUCCGACAUGCUGGAGGGUUUUGCUUACAUAUGGCGAAAAUACCAUUCAACAUCACAUUGUGUAGGUAUUCUGGAGACAAAAUUAAGAGAAAUGUGGCUGAAGAGCGAGGCCUUGGCUGAAAUGUUGAUGGCAACGGAGCUUUGCGAUGCCAAUGUCGCUAACCUGUCGAAUGCACUUGACCUCGAUGCAGCAGAUAUACCGCUUUUACUUGCAGUCGCAACUUCUCAUUCGCCAGAGAUAGCACAAAGAUUUGGUCUGACGCUUGCUUGACUACGUUUCAUGAGUCCUGUUAUCAUUCUUUUUCUCUUUGGACACAGAUACACAGAUUCUGUCUCGCAUAAUGAAUGCUGCAAGAUGUAUUUCAUUAUCUGUUUAUAAGUUAUGAAUAUUAUUUGUUUCAGUAGCUCGAAUAUGCCAAUAUAAAUUUUAAUUCGUUUUUUUAAAUGAGCGACGCUUCUGCGGAUUCUAUUUAUUAAAUGAUAGACGAAGGUUUUACAUUUGCAUUUAAAUGUUAGAACUUAUUAUUAUACUUUAUAAUGUUUAUGUGCAAUAUCUGAUACUUUUUUUUCUUCGGCAUUGAAACGCUUUUUAUAAAUUCUCAUUUCGAAGAACGUACGACGGUUCAGUUUGUUCAGAUAACGAUAAAACGUUUUAUUGUAUAAAAAUGCAGCGCAUAGUUCUGUUAUAGAUUGUAAUCACCCAGUCACAUAUUUAAAAUUUUAAGCAUAAUUUAACACGUAGCGUAAAUAGUUGUUUUUUUACACGACACGUAAGUAUUCGAUUCUACACACUCUGUAAGGGUGGAAAAUAAUAAAGCAUAAAAUCAUUUUUAUACUUGAA